AUCAAACACGAAGGAUUUUGAGAGGCCGCGAGGUAGAAGAUACAAGGCCAUACAUGGUGUACCUUCGGCCUGCGCUCAAUGGUCAUACCAUGGGGGUCAACUCCAACUGGUUGUGUGGUGGUGUGAUCAUACAUUCCCAGUACAUCCUGACAUCGGCUGCGUGCAUCGAGGAUGCCAAGCAGUUCUACGUGGUCUCCGGAACACAUAGGUGGCUUCCAUUAGGUGAAGAAGAUGAAUGUGUGAAAAAUGGUGCAAAGAAAGCCAUUUGGAAAUGUGUACCCAAAGAUUAUGUUUUCGAUGGGAAAGACUUCCACAAUAUACGCUGGAUGAUAAACGAUAUAGCCGUUGUCAAAGUCGAUGAGGAGUUCAAUUUCGAGAGACGUAUCCGUGGUUGCGAUUUCAUACCCAAAAUGAUUUCGUAUAACAACCAGUCUGAAAGUCUAGAAGCUCCUGGAACAGUUGCUUCCAUCGCUGGCUGGGGAUCUGUUGAUAGGUUUGGUGAUACGUUCGGGCGUUCCACAAUGAAUUCGCCUGAACUUCUGGAGACUGAUGUUAUUCUUAUAUCAAAGAAGAAAUGUCAGCGGCAAUGGCCGGAGCGAUACCACCAGAUCAUUCAAGAGAACAUGGUUUGCGCUAAAGAUGGAGUCGACACUGAUUCUGUUAGUCUCCUUUGUAAGGAGAAGCAGAUAAAUUGUAAGGAACUGGUGUAUUCUGAUGAAGAGAAAGACGAAAAUCGUGCAAGAAAAUUCAUGUUGGAUCCGAACAACUCGCAAAUACAUUCGUCAGGUCAUUUGAGCGAUACACGGAGAGCGAAACAAACGUCUGGAGGAUUUUGUGAGAACGAUCAUGGCGGACCACUUGUGGCGGGUCACGGCAAGAGUUCCGUCGUUAUCGGAGUUAUCUCCGCUUGCAUGACAGCAAACAUAACACAGAAAUGUUACGGACCAUUCCUCUACACAAGCGUAUGGCGGAAUCGACAUGUUAUUAGUUGUGCUAUUGAAAAAGACAUUGGUGUAACAUGCAGAAAACUGUUGAGGUCGCUAAAGACGCGUAUGGUUGAAACGAAGUUAGAAUGGCCGAUGCGUCGUGAAGGACCCGAAUUAUCCAUGAAUAUAUCCAAAGAAGAUACUAAAGUAGAAAAGCACAUAAUUUCGUUUAUUUCUGUUACAAUAGGUAAAAUAUUAUUCUGCAGAAUGAAGGUCAUGUACUGUAUAAUUAUAACACUUCAAUAUAUCUAUAUUACAGGUGUUCAAGGUAUCGACGUAGCAACCCACCUUCCGCAAGAAGUUACUAAACUACUAAAUGACACAAGAAGAAUAAUCAAUGGUGAUGAAGUAACGGACGGUAGACCUUACAUGGUGUACCUGAAAUUGCCACGUAAUAACAAUAACAAACCAAAUUAUCGUUCCUGGCUAUGUGGAGGAGUGAUAAUACAUGAGGAGUACAUACUGACGUCAGCAGCUUGUAUUGAAGACGUUGAGCAUUUUUACGUGGUUUCUGGGACUUACAAAUAUUCGAAUGAAGAUGACAGAUACAACAAUCCUUGCAUUAAAAACGGUGCAAAGAAAGCAAUAUGGAAAUGCAUUCCCAAAAAUUACGUAUUUGAUGGUCACGAAAAUGACAACAUUAGAUGGAUGAACAAUGAUAUAGCAGUUGUCAAAGUCGAGGACGGAUUCGAGUUCAAUAGAAAAAUAAAAGGCUGUGACUUUGUGCCUAAACCGAUAAGCUACAACAACCAAAGCCAGACUUUAGAGAACCCCGGAGCUUUAGUAACCAUAGCUGGUUGGGGGACCACAUCUAGAUAUAAUGACGGGGUCAGUAGAAGAAAAGGGAACGGACAGAACCUUCUAGAAUCCCAUGUUGAGAUCAUCCCAAAAAACAAAUGCAAGCGUCGUUGGGGCUCCAGAUACCACAAUAUCAUUGACAACUAUAUGAUCUGUACCAAAGACAUUGGGCAAACGAUGUCUGAAAUUUGUAACGAGAAAUACGUAGAUUGUCAAGACAUUAACUACUCUGAAGAGGAAGACGCGAGGAGGGAUGGUAAAGUUCUUAGAAGUGAACUAAUUCCGACUAAUCUUACAAUACACUCCGCUCACAACGACACUAGGCGUUAUACGUCACAAACUAAUGGAGGAUUCUGUGAGAAUGAUCACGGUGGCCCUCUUGUCUACGGCACUGGUAUCAACUCCAUCGUCAUCGGCGUAAUCUCGGCUUGUCUCGUCAAGGAGAGCACCAAUAAAUGCUACGGUCCAUUUUUAUACACCAGCGUCUAUAAAAAUAGACAGUUCAUCUCAUGUGCCAUUAAUAAGGAUGUUGAACCAAAAUGUCGGCGACAAUUCAGAUCUGGUGUGACGCACGUUGAAAAAGUUAUGUCGUGGAAAGAUCAUUCAGACGGUGUGAUUGGGUCACCUAUCACAAUGGCGGAUACUGUGCUUUCAUUGGUCUUCUUUUUCUUAGUUUUAGGUAUAGUCACUGCAAUUCCAACAAAUGACAAAAGUGUCACUGUUAAAUCUGCAGUGAAUGAUAAAGCAGAUGAUGAAAUACAAGAUUUUGAUGAGGAAAAGUGGGAGUUUGAAAACAAUACGAGUGUUGACACAAGAAGAAUUCUGUAUAGCAAGAGAGUCGGUAUAGGAAAGAGACCGUAUAUGGUUUACCUGCAAUUAACAAAACAAUCAGCAAAGGCCCACAAAUAUCGUGGCUGGCUAUGCGGAGGUGUGAUCGUCGAUCCGUACUACGUGCUCACGUCCGCCGCUUGCGUUGAGGAUGCCGACCGAUUCUACGUCGUCUCCGGUACCACGAAGUUCGUGGACAGCUUUGCCUACAAGAGUGACGACUGUGGCUGCAAGAACCGUCGCAAGGUAGUCUGGAAAUGCAUUCCUAAAAAUUACAAAUUCGACUUCCAAGAUAGCGUUAAAUGGUCAUCAAACGAUAUCGCCAUAGUGAAAGUAAACAAACCUUUCAAAUUCGGAGUUAUAGAGAACGGUUGCGAGUUCGCCACUGACCUGGUCCGCUAUAACAAUGUUAGUCGGGAGUUGGAGAAGGCUGGCACGAAAGGUUGGAUAGCUGGAUGGGGGAGCGGGAAUAACUUCCGAGAGGGUGUGUACCGUAGCCAAAAGGAACAUGUGGCAGGCAACUCCAAGUAUCUCCAAGAGGCGAAGGUUUGUGUUAUGGACAACGAGCAGUGCGCUAAGAAGUGGGCGCAGCGGUUUCGGAACAUCAUCACGCAGUAUAUGAUCUGCACCAAGGAUGUGAUGAAGCGCCUCAGUGAGAUUUGUGACAAAAAAUAUGCCAACUGCACAGACGUCGAAACCAGACGUGAUGACGUCACUUACCAAGUUGACCUGGGCAGACAUCUCCGACAUCCUGACGACUACACCGCCCGAAGGUCUAGCAAACAAGGAGGAUUUUGUGAGAACGACCACGGUGGUCCCCUAAUAGUAAAAUACCAGGGCAAGGAACGGGUGAUCGGAGUUAUAUCGGCGUGCAAGAUAGAUCCGAAGACCCACAGCUGCCACGGCCCAUUUCUCUACACCAGCGUGUUCAAGAAUCGGCAGUUCAUAUCGUGUGCUAUUAAUAAAGACGUCGAGGAAAACUGCAGAAGAGUGUUCCGUUCAGGCAUCACACACGAAGAAUUUGCAGUGAAAUGGGAUAAAGUGGACGAAGACGACGACGAAAAGGAAAAAGACAGUGCUGAAAAAAAUGACAGAGACGAUAGUGACGAGGAAAACCAGGAACAUUUAAGGAAAAAGAAGAUAGAGAAAAGCAAGAGCUCAGAGAGUUCGGAGAGCGUCAGCAAAGAAGCAACAAAGAAGAAAGAGAAGAAACAUAAAGAUGAACACAAGGACAAACCCAAGCAUAAGACCAAGGCAAAAAGGCAUACUACAGAUAAAAAUGGGAGGGACACUCAAGCUAAUCUGAGAGACGACGAAGUCUUCUACGAGUCCAGUCGCGAAGAAAACGUUAACGAGCCAAACGACGAAUAAGUGUUUUAAUAAAUGGUUGUUCGUCUGCAUAAA